AGCUCCUUGCCAUCAACUUAAGCAAACCCCAUCAUCAGAACUUCAGAUUUUUGACACAUAACUAUGUCGGCCUCGCUAGCGCCGGAGUGUAACGGGGUUAAAGAACGUUACGACAGCUGCUUCCUGAAAUGGUACAGCGAGAAAUUUCUCCGAGGCAAUGCGACGACAGACGAAUGCGAACCGCUGUUCAAGCAAUACAAGCAGUGCUUGGGUAAAGCACUGAAAUCUCGUGGCAUAGAUACCAUGCUCGAGGAGGCGCGGGAGGACAAUCGUGAAAACGAUGCGCAGCAUUUGAGGGGAGGAUGUGAGUCACUCGUCCACCCGGCCAUUCCCCGUGAAUCAUGCGUGAGGAUUCUAACCAUUAUCUAGGAAGCUGGAGAGUAAAUAUGGCAUUCGGGCGUAAUGGCGUUCAAGCAUUUAGCAUCUGCAUCUCCCCUUAAGUAUAUAUGAAUGCUCUCUAGCGACUCUUCGAUCAGUGACCAAUGAAAAGUUCCUUCACUCAUUUUCACGCUGUCGGAAUUGGUCGUCUUACUUGCAUAUCCAGAGCUGGAACCGCUGGAUCCGAAACUUUGUAGACGUGCUUUUGUUUGACAGAGCGUAGGCUUCCCUUU